ACUCGCAGAAACCCACUUGGCCACACGAGCAUCGAAAUCAUUCACAAGGGAGACAAAUAAAUGGACAAGAAUAACAAUGUCAGACUCUCUACUUCAAAUCUCUCUCCAUUUCCUCUUCUUGGAUCUCUCUUUCUGACACUUCUCUGAAGACGAACAUCAUCUGCCAAGAACCCCCACACACUUCUCCUAUCCCAUUGCUCCCUUUCAUCCCUUAGAUCUUCGACCAUCUCUGCCAUAUUGAGUCUUCGUCUUCUCUUCCAGCUAGCUCCGUUCUCCACAUACCCCACACCUUCUUACCCACUGAACCCAUUCAGCUCAGGUUCAAGGCACACACGACAGAGUAUCACCACUCCAUAUCGAUAUUCUCUGUACUUACAUGCUAACUUUGUGAAUCUCAGUUACUUCAGUCCAUACCCAUUUGUUCCUUUUCUGAUGGGUAUAUAGCUUUAUGAUCUGAGGUCGUGUCCGUAGGUGAUAAAUGCCAAGGAGAGAACAGAUAAAUUUUUCUUAGAUUGACGAAUUGCCUGAAGAAAUGGUCAAGUCAUGCUGGAAACCAUCUGUGGAAGGUGAAGAUGGAGAAGGGAGUGGGAAGGUUGAUGGAUUGCUAUGGCACAAGGAUUUAGGCAAUCAUCUGUAUGGGGAUUUCUCAAUGGCCGUAGUUCAGGCCAAUAGUUCAUUGGAGGAUCGAAGUCAGCUCGAAUCUGGACCCUUCACUUGCAAUAAUGAUAAUAUGGGUCCUCAAGGCACCGUCAUAGGUGUCUACGACGGUCAUGGUGGCUACGAGGCCUCCCAGUUCGUCACCGACAAUCUCUUCUCUAAUCUCAAGAGACUUGCAGGCGAAGAAGGAGGCAUGGCAGAGAGUGUUAUAAAGAAGGCGUAUCGAGCAACAGACGAAGGAUUUCUGUCUAUGGUGAAGAGAAAGUGGAUGAGCAAGCCAGAGAUUGCUUCCACAGGGACGUGUUGCUUAGUGGGGAUAAUCUGUAAUGGGAUGAUAUAUAUAGCAAAUUCUGGAGACUCCCGAGCGGUGCUGGGAAGAAUGGAGAGGGCAACGAAAGAAGUAGUAGCUAUUCAACUAUCCGCAGAACACAACGUUAACAUAGAAACAGUAAGAGAUGAAGUUCGAUCAAAGCACCCCUUUGAUUCACAAAUUGUGGUCCUGAAACAUCAAGUUUGGCGCGUCAAAGGCCUCAUUCAGGUUUCGAGAUCCAUAGGUGAUGCAUAUCUGAAAAAGGCAGAAUUUAACAGAGAGCCUCUGCCAUUGAGGUUUAGAUUGGCGGAAUCCUUCUUCAAGCCUAUUCUCAGCUGUGAGCCGUCAAUAGCAACGCAGAAACUCCAUCCUGACGAUCACUUUCUCAUAUUUGCUUCGGACGGUUUGUGGGAGCACCUUAGCAACCAAGAAGCCGUUAACAUGGUCAAUAAUAACCCACGUAAUGGAAUAGCGAGGAGGCUGGUAAAGGCAGCCAUGAAAGAGGCAGCAAAGAAGAGGGAAAUGAAACUGGCAGACCUGGAAAAGAUCGAAGCAGGUGCGAGGAGGCACUUCCACGAUGACAUAACAGUAGUGGUUGUGUUUCUAAACCCAAAACUCACUGAUAAUAACUCUCCAUGGGGCUCUCCUCUUUCAAUCAAAGCAGGCUGGCCUGCCAAUCCAUAGUCCAAAAGCUUCCCUCGAAUCCCUCUUUGAGAAUUGUUGUACAAAGCAGAUAUAUAGAUCGUUUCCUUUCGCAUCGCACUCCCAUAAUUGCAGCAUCUCAUUCAAGCUAAGCUACCUAAGGGGACUUAGUGUUGAUCGGUGAUCAUACUUAUAUAAUAACAAUUUUAGCCUAUUUAUGUCUGCAGAUCCUAAAUGAAGCAAAUACCAGUGCACCCUAGCGAAUUUUAAAUGCAUCUUUAUAUA